AGCAGGAUGAUUUUCCAAUUCCUGAAAUUUCAGCCAGAAAUCUUGAGACUAGCGAAAAAAUCUUGCCUGAAGAAAAUUCAUCAUUAUCAGCCGAUUUGGAGGAUUAUAUAAAAACGCUCACAGGAAGUCUUAAUGAUGAGACUGCUAAUUGGAGCACACCAUACGAGAACUCAGCUAGGAUAGGAAAAGAGGAAUCAAAUGAAGUUAAGUUAGACGAUGAG